AAAAUAUUAAUUAUCUAUUUCUCUGAUUAACUAAACAACCAUGUAACUUAAUCUAAAUAAAUUGUUAUUCGAGUUCAACUUUUGUUUUUCUCCAGCAAUUAAGCUAAUCUCAAUUAUCGGAUUAUCGGAAAUCUUUGUAACUGAAUGAAAAAAGUUGUUCUUUUCUCCCAAAAAGUGAUUAGUUCAAAUUCAUCAUAAUUCACCAUGAUUUGAUUAUCGUGAUAAAUUAAACAUCAUCUCAUUUGGAAAUUUUCUAAAUCAACAACAACAAAAACAAUCAAAUGUUUAUGGAAAACAAUUUAAUCAUUUCAAUAUUAACAACAAUAUAUUUUUCAUCAAUCAUCUUAUCGGUCAACUCAUCGGAUAACAAUGUAAAUUCAAUAGGAAUUAAAAGUUCACCCAAUGGACUAAGUUCACUUGAUUCCUUUGGAUCAAUUAAUUCAGUAAACAAUGAAAUUAGAUCAUCAUCUCAAUCUUAUGGAUCAAUUGAUGAUCAAGGAUCAAUGGUUGAUCCUAAUGUUAAAUUGUCAAAAGAAUCAAUUGAAACUCAUGAGAUUAAUAAUAAGAUGAAAUCAAACGAUAAUCAUGGUAACAGUGAUGAUGAAGGUGAUAAAUUAAAGAUGAAAUUAAAGAAUCAGCCUGAUGAUGUAAAUCAAAAGGAAAAAGUAAUUAAAACAGGUAAUCAAUUGAACCAAAGCUCAACUAACUCAUCAGCUGAUAUUGUUAAGAAAACUUAUCUUCGUCUAUUGGAACCAUUAACAAAUUAUACUAAAUCAAUUGGAUCAACGUUAUUGCUCAAGUGUACCUUUGAAUCAAAUCCAGGUAAAGUUGAGGUUACCUGGUAUAAGAAUGAGGCUCAAUUGGAUAACGAUGAUAACAGAAUUGAAAUGAAACAGAAACGUCAACAUAAAACAAUGAAAACUGUCGCAAGGUUAAAGAUCAGGUCAAUAAUGUUCACCGAUUCGGGUUUCUAUAAGUGUGAAGGUACCAACGGGAUCGAUAUGGUUGAAAGUUUAUCCGUUGUUAAAGUCGAUGGAGAUGUAUCUUCCCAUCUUGGUGUCAUUCCAACAAUUGAUGAGGAUAUAAUUCCUGAUUUUCCACAAUUAGGAUCAGACAGUGUUCCAAGUUACUUUGAGAAAUCUGAUUCAGAUGAGAAGACGAAAUCUUAUCCAUUCUGUGAACCAUAUCGAGGAACAAUUUGUUCCCAGGUAAUUGGUAAUCAAACAAUUUACGUUGAUUCUGAAGGUAGUCAAGAUUCAAUGGAACAAAAAAUUGGAGCAGUUUUCACCGUAAUUAAAUCAUCUCGAGAUGUUUCCCUUCAAUGUCAUCGAUUUGCAAUUCCUUCAUUAUGUUUCUCAUCAUUUCCAUUAUGUAAUCAAGAUCAAUCUCAACCUAAACCACGAAAGGUUUGUCGUGAUGAAUGUGAAAUGCUUGAGGGUAAAAUUUGUCACCUUGAAUACACUUUGGCCAAGCGACACAAUCUAAUUGGUCAAGCAAAUUUAUUACCUAAAUGUGAAAACUUAUCUCCAUCUGGAUCACCUGAAAGUGCCGAUUGUUUGAGAAUUGGAGUUCCAACUGUUAUCCAGGUUAUUCCAGAUGAUACAUGUUACAAUGGAAAUGGUGAAAAUUAUCGAGGAACAACUUCUAGAACAGUUUCUCGAAGCGAAUGUGCUCCUUGGCAUGAACAAGUUUUCUACAAAACUGCUGAUUAUCCGGAAUUAAUUGGUGGACAUAAUUAUUGUCGUAAUCCAGGGGGAAUGGAGUCACAACCUUGGUGUUUUAUCAGAGAUCCAGAGAUGAGGAAAGUUCAUUGUGAUGUACCAAAGUGUGUUGACAGUUUUUGGAUCUUCAUUGUCGCUCCAGCGAUCGGUGUUUUUGUUUUGUUCAUUUUGUGUUUGGCCAUUUGUUGCCUACGACGAAAGCCACGAUCUAAAUUACCUGGUUCACAAUUGAAUUGUGGUCGUCAAUCAGAAGGAUCAAUAACCAAUUCUCAAACAAGUCGUAAUAAUAUAAAUGCAAGUGGAUCUUCAGUUGAAAUGAAUUCACUUUUACCAAAGAAACAAUCACAUGCAACUGAAUAUUCAUUAUCAUGUUUGAAGUUUAUUGAAGUUCUUGGUGAAGGUGCUUUUGGUAAAGUAUAUCGAGGUGAAUUAAUGAUGUCACUAACUGAUACAGUUCCAAUUGCAAUAAAGACAUUGAAAGAAGAUGCAAACAUGAAGACUCGUCAAGAUUUCCAAAGAGAAGCUGAACUAAUGGGAGAUCUGAUCCAUCCAAAUAUCGUUUGUCUUCUUGGUGUUUGUUUCAAAGAAGAACCCAUGUGCAUGAUGUUUGAAUUUAUGUCGGAAGGAGAUUUACAUGAGUAUCUAAUUACUCAUUCGCCGAUAACGAAUGAGAUGGUUGGUGGUAAUAUCGGUGGAAUCGGCGGAAUCGGAGGAAUUGGAGGUGUUGGUGGUGUUGGAGGAGGAGGUAAAGAAAAGGAUGGAAGUCGAGCUCGAGUAUUGGAUAUAAAUGAUUUUCUUCACAUUUCCACCCAAAUAGGAGCAGGAAUGGAAUACCUGGCAAGUCAUCAUUAUGUGCAUCGAGAUUUGGCUGCUCGAAAUUGUCUUGUCUCUGAUCAUUUGACGGUAAAAAUAUCGGACUUUGGUCUUUCUCGAGACAUUUAUGCAUCAGAUUAUUAUCGAGUUCACUCAAAAUCUUUACUUCCUGUUCGUUGGAUGCCACCAGAGUCCAUAUUAUAUGGGAAAUUCACCAGUGAAUCUGAUGUUUGGUCUUUCGGUGUUUUACUUUGGGAAAUUUUCUCUUAUGGAUUACAACCUUAUUAUGGUUACACUAAUCAACAAGUGAUCGAUAUGAUACGAGGUCGUCAUCUUUUACCAUGUCCAUCAGAAUGUCCACCAAACAUUUACUCUCUAAUGAAUCAAUGUUGGACCGAGAAUCCAUCAGGUCGACCAACAUUUAGUCAACUUCAUCAACGAUUGAGAAAUUGGAAAGCAGUUUAUAGUAAUACAAUUGCAUCGACAACUUUACCAUCAGCAAGUAGCCAUUCAUCUAGUCAUUCAGCAAUUAAUCUCAUGGGAUCAACAUUAUCUAAUCCCUAUUCUCAUCACCACCACAACCACAAUCAACACCAACAACAACUUUCUCUAACACUUGGAAACAGAUCAUCAACAAUCAGUAAAUCACCAAAUCAACAAGUUCAGUCUCCAUCACCUCAAACCUCAUCAUCUUUAUCUCAAACUUAUGGAUUGAGUUCAUCCAAUGGCCGACAAAGUAAAGAUUCAUCUUCUGCAUCUAAUAAACAACAAUUUAAUCACCAAACAAUUAAGCAACAUUUCAACAAUUCACAUCAAAAACAUCAAUCGUAUUUACUUAAUCAACAUCAUUUCAUCACAACAACAACUAAUUCAACCUCUCCAAUUAGUAAUCAGUGUGUCCAUCCAAUGACUGGACAAACGUUCAAAGGCCAUCAUAAUAAUGGAUAUAAUUGAUUUAUGGAACCAAAUCUAAUCAAACGAUUGACAAUCUUAUGUCUAAACAAUCAUAAUUAAUCAGCAUUCUAAUCAUAAUGUUAAUUAACUAAUUGUUAUUUAUUUUCCCAUGAUAAUAAUUAAGCAGCUUAACUUUAACAAAGUUUAUUUUUACAAGAAAAAAAGAUAAUUUAUCAAAUUGAUUGGAACCAUAAAAUCAACAAUUAACAAUUUAAAAUUGUUAAUUAUUCUAAAUACUGAUUGCCUUAAAGUACCAACUUAAAUAUUAAUAACUAAAUUUUUUCUAUUCAAUUUCAUACAAUUAACUUAA